GGGCAGGAUAAUCAGGUGUAGAAGAUGGAUGGGUGGAUGUGUUUUGUCCCAAAGACCGGCUGAAUUUGGGGACUGUGGCCACCUGGGUCCAUUUGUAGCACGGCCCCUCUCCAUCACUCUCCUGAACAGCCAGAAGAAACACCACCGAAGGGCUGAUCGCGACCGCAAGCCGCAACCAUGAAUGGCACAGAGGGACCAUUUUUCUAUAUCCCUAUGGUAAACACCACCGGCGUGGUCCGGAGUCCUUAUGAAUACCCUCAGUACUACCUUGUCAACCCAGCAGCUUUCGCUGCCCUGGGUGCCUACAUGUUCCUGCUUAUCCUUAUUGGCUUCCCCAUCAACUUCCUCACUCUCUACGUAACCCUCGAACACAAGAAGCUGCGAACCCCUCUAAACUACAUCUUGCUGAACCUUGCAGUGGCUAACCUCUUCAUGGUGUUUGGAGGAUUCACCACUACGAUGUACACGUCUAUGCAUGGCUACUUCGUUCUAGGUCGUCUUGGCUGCAAUCUGGAAGGAUUCUUUGCUACCCACGGUGGUGAGAUUGCCCUCUGGUCACUGGUUGUUCUGGCUAUUGAAAGGUGGGUGGUUGUCUGCAAGCCCAUCAGCAACUUCCGCUUUGGGGAGAAUCAUGCAAUCAUGGGUUUGGGCUUCACCUGGUUGAUGGCCUCUGCUUGCUCCAUACCUCCUCUUGUUGGUUGGUCUCGUUACAUCCCUGAGGGCAUGCAGUGCUCAUGUGGAAUCGACUACUACACACGUGCAGAAGGUUUCAACAAUGAAUCCUUCGUUAUCUACAUGUUCUCCUGCCACUUCUGCAUUCCACUGACUGUGGUGUUCUUCUGUUAUGGCCGUCUGCUCUGUGCUGUCAAGGAGGCUGCUGCUGCCCAGCAGGAGUCUGAGACCACCCAAAGGGCUGAGAGGGAAGUCACCCGCAUGGUCGUUAUCAUGGUCAUCGCCUUUUUGGUAUGUUGGUUACCCUAUGCAAGUGUGGCCUGGUGGAUCUUCACACAUCAGGGCUCUGACUUUGGACCAGUCUUCAUGACCAUCCCCUCCUUCUUUGCCAAGAGUUCCGCCAUCUACAACCCAAUGAUCUACAUCUGCAUGAACAAGCAGUUCCGUCACUGCAUGAUCACCACCUUGUGUUGCGGGAAGAAUCCCUUCGAGGAGGAGGAGGGAGCGUCUACUACUGCCUCCAAGACCGAGGCCUCCUCUGUCUCCUCCAGCUCUGUGUCUCCUGCAUAAAAGGGCCGUCAACAAAGGCUCCAUGACCCACUAUCCGAGAAGAAGACUUCUGCUCCCCCCGGGAAACGACUGAAGGAUAUUGUCUACAGAAAUAACUUCCUUUUUGUAUUUUUACAAACCAGUUGGUUCAACCUAAAGACAGCUGCAGGAAAGGUCAGCCCAUUACAGAGUUGUUCCUGUUAUGUACAGAAUAUCCAACUUAACAAUCUAUGAGAAUUUUUUUUCCUGAGAGGAAAGGGGAAAUGUUAUCUUUUACAGUUGGACCCUAUAUGAUAUUGGCUUAUUUUUGAAUGUAGAGGCAUGUAAUCAAGGCAACGUAAAAUAAAACGCACUUUGCAAAUGAC